CUAAGGAGAUGUUUAUAUUUUGGUUGAUGGUUCUGAGGAGGAAAUGAUGGACAUCCCAUGCAUGCAUCACAGCCAGUGUUAUGAUAUUAUUGGAAACCUAUUGAAAUUGGUGAAGCUCUAUACAAACGAUCAAAUACGAGGAGAGGUGGGUGGAGCUGGGCUCAAGGCUCUAGGAUACUGCACGACAUGACGUCACCACCACUGGGCCUCUCCUUGUUGUUUUUCUGUCUGGGAGUGUGUAGGCAGGGAAAGGGAAUAGGAAUGCUGUUUUUGUGUGUACGUCAAAGAAGGAUGGAUAGAGGGAGAGAGAGAGAGAGAGAGAGAGCAUGUGAAGAGGAGGGGGUGGGCGUGCCUCAGUGCUGUGUGCCAGAGGAGGCAACGUGUUUUCAGUGCUGAAUGAUGAGACAUGAGAAAGGGAAGGUGAUGCUUCUGGUCUACCUCCUCCUACUCCUGAUCGUGUCUUUCUCCUCCUCCUCCUAUUUUGUUUUUGGUCUAUGCGCUGGUUCCUAGGCGCUGCGGGUGCCUACAGAAAUUAAAGAGAAGCAUACAGGCAGGAGGAGCGCAGAGGAAAUACGCACAGACCUCCAUUGGCUAACAUCAGCUGCAGUGAGCCCCAGUUGCGGCCAGUGGGCAUGGUUUUGGAGGGGAGCUCAGAGGCGCUGUGUCCCCCCCCAUCACUGGAGCUGCGCCCAUCGUGCAACAAGAGCCAGACUUCGCCUCCUCUGGGCACCAGCUCACAACCGCACGACGGAGUCUUUCCCGAGGAGAAGGAGCCCAUCAAGUACGGCGAGCUCAUCGUGUUAGGACACAAUGGGUCGCUGGCCAAUGGGGACAAGGGCCGCAGAAGAAGUCGUCUGGCACUUUACAAGAGACCUAAGGCCAAUGGUGUCAAACCCGAUGUUAUCCACAAUGUCUCAACGCCUCUGGUGUCAAAGGCACUCAGCAACAAAAGCCAGCACAGCAUCUCCUACACACUGUCACGGAGUCACUCUGUCAUUGUGGAGUACACACAUGACACCAACACCGACAUGUUCCAGAUCGGUCGCUCAACAGAGAGCAUGAUAGACUUUGUGGUGACGGACACAGGAGGCAGCGGAAGCAGUCAGGGGGGAGGGGCAGCAGGGGAGAGCGGUGGUGGUGGAGGACAGUCGGCACAGAGCACCAUCUCUCGCUACGCGUGUCGCAUCAUGUGUGAGCGCAGCGCCCCCUACACUGCCCGCAUAUACGCUGCUGGCUUUGACUCCUCUAAAAAUAUCUUCCUGGGGGAGCGUGCUGCCAAAUGGAGGACGUCAGAUGGAUUGAUGGACGGUCUGACCACAAAUGGGGUUCUGGUGAUGCACCCUGCAGGGGAAUUUGUGUCCGAGCCAGCUCCAGGUGUCUGGAGGGAGAUUUCGGUCUGUGGCAAUGUAUUUGCCCUGCGGGAGACACGCUCAGCCCAGCAGAGAGGAAAACUGGUUGAAAAUGAGUCAAACACUCUACAAGAUGGUUCCUUGAUCGAUCUGUGUGGGGCUACCCUUCUCUGGAGGACCCCUGCUGGACUGCGACACACCCCCACCCUCAAACAGCUGGAGUCCCUUCGCCAGGAGUUGAACGCUGCUCGACCACAAUGUCCAGUGGGCUUUAACACCCUGGCGUUUCCCAGCCUGGCCCAGCGAGAGAUUGUUGACAAGAAGCAGCCCUGGGUUUAUGUCAACUGUGGCCAUGUGCAUGGCUACCACAACUGGGGCUACCGCAAAGAAAAGGUUCCUGCCGGCCUUGGAGGCACAGUACCAGCCAACACUGGGGAGAGGGAGUGCCCCAUGUGCCGGAGAGUGGGCCCAUAUGUGCCACUGUGGCUGGGCUGUGAGGGAGGAUUGUACCUGGACGCAGGGCCACCCACUCACGCUUUCUGUCCCUGUGGCCACGUGUGCUCAGAAAAGACAGUAGUAGGGUGGAGCCAGAUCCCGCUACCACAUGGCACCCAUGCCUUCCAUGCUGCCUGCCCAUUCUGUGGUACCUGGCUGACGGGCGAACAGGGCUUCAUCAAACUCAUCUUCCAGGGCCCUGUGGACUGAAGCCCUGAGCAGGAGAGCGUUUAAAUGAAUAGAUUUGAUUCAGCAGAAAGACUGCAACACAGGUUUAAACAUUCACGUACUGUUCAUAUGAAGAACUGAAAGCUAACAUACAACAGCAUAUGCCACGGGGUCACAAGGACUGAGGUGUAAAUAAUUAAUUGUGUUGAUAUGAAUUUGUCUUUAGUCUUUAUUUGUUAGGUUAGUCUCAGUGUUUUAGCAGCAGGACUGCUUGUCAUGUUAUCAUAUUUACUGCAGAGUAGCAUGAACUUUCAAGGAUGAUUGUAGAGCAGCAGUUUUUUCGCGGGGGGGGGGGGGUUUCCAUGUUGGGUGCAUUGUGUAAAAUAAAAAAAGGUUUAUUGCCAAAAAGUCAAUAUACUGGCAGAAGGAUGUUUCUAUUUUUUCUGUUUGUUAAGCACUCAGGUUUGUGUAACCUUUGAGCAGCAGUGUGAAUGCUGAACGGAAUGCUGUUGUGUGUUGCUUUGUGUUUUCCACCUAUACCAUGCUGCUUUAACUAAUUGCCCCCUGUGGGACUAAUAAAGUUGUUUUGAAUUUGAAUAAAAGUCUAUAUUUACUUUAACUGGAUUUUCCCAGGUAGCCCCAUGCUAUUACGAAGAAUCGUGUUGAUGAAAUUACUUUACUACAAACCAAAC